CGUGUCCCCUCCCCGCUGUCCCCGGUGCAUUCCCUGAUGUCACCUCUGUCCCCUCCCCGCUGUCCCCGGUGCAUUCCCUGAUGUCACCUCUGUCCCCUCCCCGCUGUCCCCGCUGUCCCCUCCCCGUUCCUGUCCCGUUAAAAGCGGCCCCGCUCCGCUCUGUCGCCGAUGUCGCCGCGAUGUCGCCGCUCGCAGAGCCCGAGAAUCCCGCGGCAGCCGCGCGGCCCUGCCGGUGCCUCUGCCCGGACCCGGACCGGGACCCGGACCGGGACUGGGACCAGAACCGGCACCAGGAGCGGGACCCGGACCGGGACUGGGACCAGGAGCGAGGGAAAAACCGGGACCAGAACCGGGACUGGGACCGGCACCAGAACUGGGACCAGAACCCGCACCGGGACCAGAACCGGGACCAGAACCGGGACAUGAACGGGCACCAGAACGGGCACCAGAUCUGGGACCAGAACCCGCACCAGAACUGGGACCAGAACCGGUACCGGAUGUGGGAUAUGAACCGGGACAUGAACAGGCACCAGAACUGGGACCGGAACUGGGACCAGAACCCGCACCAGAACCAGAACUGGGACCUGAACCGGGACCGGGACGUGAACCGGGACCAGCACCAGAAGUGGGACAUGAACCGGCACCAGAACGGGGACCAGAACCGGGAAAAGAACCGGGACCAGAACUGGGACCGGCACCAGAACCGGGACGUGGAGCAGGACCGGCACCAUCCGCAGCCCCGGUGCCGGUGCCGGUGCCUGGUGCCGGCGCUCGCCGCCAUCGCCGCCCUGGCCGCGCUCGGAGCCGCCGCCGCCGCGGCCCUGGGGGCGCUCCGGGGGCCGCCCCCGCUGAAGGCUGCCACCGCCGCCCACGUCCUGCUCAGUGCCGGCUCGCUGUCACCGUCCCCCCGCUGGCGUUACCAGGACGGCGUCCAGGGCGUUUUCCUGAGCGGUGACAUCCGGCCGGACACCUCGGGGAUGUCACUCCGGGUGACAUCGGGUGGCCUCUACCUCCUCUACGGCCAGCUGGGUGUCACCUGCACGGCGGCCAGCUGUCCCCAAGGCCAUGUCACCCUGCAGCUGCGCCGCGCCGUGUCCCCGAGGCCGCUGCUGGCCGUGUCGCUGUCCCUGCCACUGGCGGCCGGAGGCCACCACCAGCGGUCAGCGCUGGCCCAGGCCGUGGGACAGCUGUGGCCUGGGGACACCCUGAGCCUGGAGCUGGUCAGGGACACGGUUGGGGACACGGCCGGGUGGCAGCUGGAGCAGGAGGAGCGCGAGGGGAACUUCGUGGGGCUGCUGCGGAUCGCGGGCGGGUGACGGCGCUGGUGGCACCGGGUGGUGGCACCUGGUGGUGACGCCGGGGUGACGAGGGGGUGGCCGGCCUCGUGUCCUGCCGGUCACCUGCCGGGGUGGGGCUUGGGGACAUCUGGGAGUCCCGAGUGUGGAGGUUUGGGGACAUCAAGGGACAUCGGUGACGUCCAGACCCGAAGGUUUGGGGACAUCAAGGGACAUCGGUGGCGUCCAGACCCAGAGAUCUGGGGACAUCGAGGGACAUCGGUGACGUCCAUACCCAGAGAUUUGGGGACAUCAAGGGACAUCGGUGACGUCCAGACCCAGAGAUUUGGGGACACCAAGGGACAUUGGUGAUGUCCAUGGUUGGAGAUUUGGGGACAUCAAGGGACAUCGGCAACAUCCAAACCCGACGGUUUGGGGCCAUCAAGGGACAUCGGUGCCGUCCAGACCUGAAGGUUUGGGGACAUCAAGGGACGUCGGUGAUGUUCAAACCUGGAGGUUUUGUACAGGGGACAUUGGUGACAUCCAAACCCAGAGAUCUGGGGACUUUGGUGACAUCCAAACCCAGAGAUUUGGGGACUUUGGUGGCAGCCAUACCCAGAGAUUUGGGGACUUUGGUGACAGCCAUACCCAGAGAUCUGGGGACUUUGGUGACAUCCAAACCCAGAGAUUUGGGGACUUUGGUGACAGCCAUACCCAGAGAUUUGGGGACUUUGGUGACAUCCAAACCCAGAGAUCUGGGGACUUUGGUGGCAGCCAUACCCAGAGAUUUGGGGACAUCAAGGGACAUCGGUGACAUCCAAGGCUGGAGAUUUGAGUGACAAGAUCCCGGUGUCCAGAGCUUUGGGGACAUCAGGUGACAUCGGUGACCUCCACAGCCAGAAAUUGGGGACAUCAAGGGACAUCGGUGACAUCCAAGGCUGGAGAUUUGGGUGACAAAGCCUUGUCCCCAGAGAUUGGGGACAUCGAGUGACAUCGGUGAUCUGCACAUCUGAAGGUUUGGGGACAUCGAGUGACAUCACUGACCCCCCCCAUUUGGUGCUUGGGGACAUUUGGGGACCUCAUGGACCCGGUGCUGGACACUUGGGGACACUUGGGGACAUUUGGGGACCCAGUGCUGGACACUUGGGCCCUCCUUGGGGACCUUGGGGACACUUUCGGGAGGGAGGUCCCUGCUGUCCUUAAUUAAUUAUUCUUUAAUUAAUUAUUUAUUAAUGAUUCUCCUUAGUGAAUUAUUUAUUAUUAAUGAAUAAAUUUAUUUAUGGAUUCUUUUUA